AAGCGAGUAAUCAUCUUAUGCGGUAGCGUCUAUUCGUUAGCAUCCAAGGACAACAGUGAAUUCUUUGGAAAGUACAUAUAAGUGAAGAAAAAAGCUCACCAUUACUAUUUAUCAGAAAAUAUACUUGCUCAAUGAGGCGAAUGAAUGAUUUAGGCGUAAACAGAGUAAAUGUGGUGCGUUGUGUGAAGGGUUUGUGGGUGCGGGUCAGGGUUGGCGGUCGGCGACAGCGACAGCGCGAGUCGGGAACUUGUGAGCUAAAGCUUGGCGGUCUUUGUUCCAGCACCACACUCUCCCAGCUACAGUAAUCCCUGAUUCAUUUCUUAGGCACAGUAAUUAGUACCCGUGCAUUGUGGGGCGUGUGGAGUUCACAAAUGUUGAAUAGUGGCGAGUUUAACGAGGAAAACAUUUUAUAAUUAAAAUCAUAGAAGUGAAAUGUAAAUGGAGUGUGUGGGAAUUCUAAGCUAAAUAUCCCGUUCGGGAGAACAGGAUCCGGCAGAGUUUGUUGUAAUUUGCAGCUUCAGCAGUGUGAUACUGGUGGGGUAGCUGACAGAUUCUUCAGCAUCAUGCCUGCUGUAAAUGGAACGGAAGUACCAAACAACAUACCUAACCCCAUGGGGGUGGGUAAUGUGCCAAAACCAGCUAAGAAGAAUGCAAAAACUGUGGAAACAGUAUACCAGAAGAAGACCCAACUUGAACAUAUUUUGCUCCGUCCUGAUACUUAUAUUGGUUCGGUAGAAUAUGCUACAGACAUGAUGUGGGUUUAUGACAAUGAAACAGAGAAGAUUGUACAAAAGGAAAUAUCAUAUGUUCCGGGUCUCUACAAAAUAUAUGAUGAAAUUUUGGUUAAUGCUGCAGAUAACAAGCAGCGAGAUCCAAAAAUGGACACCAUUAAAGUGGACAUUGAUGCAGAAAAUAACCAAGUGUCAGUAUUCAACAAUGGAAAGGGCAUUCCUGUAGCAGUGCAUAAAGAUGAGAAGAUGUAUGUUCCGACCAUGAUUUUUGGUCAUCUCCUGACUUCCUCCAACUACAAUGAUGAAGAAGAAAAGGUCACUGGUGGACGCAAUGGCUAUGGUGCAAAACUGUGCAAUAUCUUCAGUUCAAAAUUUGUUGUUGAAACUGCUUCAAUGGAAUACAAGAAAACCUUUAAGCAGACUUGGGCCAACAAUAUGAGUAAAACCAGUGAUCCAAGGGUCAAGGAGUUUAAAGGAGAAGAUUAUACGAGAAUAACAUUUUCUCCAGACCUUGGAAAGUUUAAAAUGGAAUCCCUAGAUGGUGAUAUUAUUUCCCUCUUGUCUCGCAGAGCAUUUGAUAUUGCUGCUGCAACCAGAGGAGUAAAAGUGUUUUUGAAUGGCAAGCGUAUUCCAGUGAAAAAUUUCAAAGAUUAUGUGGACCUGUACAUUAAAGACAAGGUGGAUGAUGCUGACACUCCAAUAAAAGCUGUGUAUGAAAAUGUCAGUCCGAGGUGGGAAGUGGCAGUUGCACUCUCAGACAAGGGUUACCAACAAAUGUCUUUUGUAAACAGCAUUGCCACUACUAAGGGUGGACGACAUGCAGAUUAUGUAACUGACAUGAUUGUGAAGAAUUUGACAGAAUCACUGAAGAAGAAAAACAAGAGUGGUGUCCAAAUAAAACCAUUUCAGAUUAAGAACCACAUGUGGGUAUUUGUAAACUGCCUAAUUGUCAAUCCCACAUUUGAUUCACAAACGAAGGAGAACAUGACCCUCCAGACAAAAAAUUUUGGUUCCAAGUGUCAGUUGUCAGAAAAAUUCACUGCUGGUGUUAUAAAAUGUGGCAUUGUAGAAGCUGUGAUGUCUUGGGCAAGGUUUAAGCAGCAGGCUCAGCUGCAGUCAAAAUGUGCUAGCAAGAAACAGACCAAGUUGAAAGGUAUUCCAAAAUUGGAGGAUGCCAAUGAUGCAGGAACCAAAUUCUCGUCUGAUUGUACACUAAUCUUGACUGAGGGAGACUCUGCCAAAACUCUGGCUGUGGCAGGCCUUGGAGUAGUGGGCAGAGAUCGUUAUGGUGUUUUCCCUCUUAAGGGUAAGCUGCUGAAUGUCCGUGAAGCAUCACACAAGCAAAUUUUGGAAAAUGCAGAAAUUAAUAACCUCAUCAAGAUCUUGGGUUUGCAGUAUAAAAAGAAAUAUGAUUCUCGUGAUGAUAUGAAGACCUUGCGCUAUGGCAAGUUGAUGAUCAUGACAGAUCAGGAUCAGGAUGGUUCUCAUAUCAAAGGCCUGUUGAUCAACUUCAUUCACCAUAAUUGGCCCACACUACUUCGACAUUCUUUUCUGGAGGAAUUUAUCACACCAAUUGUGAAAGCCAGUAAGAAUAAACAAGAGAUUUCAUUCUACUCAUUACCUGAGUUUGAGGAAUGGAAGAAGUCAACAGAUCAAUGGCCAAGCUUCAAGAUAAAGUACUACAAAGGUUUGGGUACAUCUACUUCUAAGGAGGCAAAAGAGUACUUCAAUGACAUGGUGCGUCAUCGAAUUUUAUUUAAUUAUGGUGGAGCACAAGAUGAUCAUUCCAUUCAGAUGGCAUUUAGUAAAAAAGCUGUGGAGCAACGUAAAGAAUGGUUGACAGGAUGGAUGGAGGAAUGUAAGCGCCGUAAAGAACUAGGUCUACCAGAAAUUUACCUUUAUGAAAAAGACACAAAAGCAGUUUCUUACACUGACUUUGUCAACAAGGAAUUGGUUCUGUUUUCUAAUUUAGAUAAUGAACGUUCAAUUCCUUCACUUGUGGAUGGCUUAAAACCUGGUCAGAGAAAGGUACUGUACACGUGCAUGAAGCGAAAUGACAAGCGGGAAGUUAAAGUGGCCCAACUUGCUGGUUCAGUUGCAGAACAUUCUGCUUAUCAUCAUGGUGAAACUUCUCUCAUGUCCACUAUUAUCAAUUUAGCACAGAACUAUGUGGGUUCAAAUAACGUCAACCUGCUGCAGCCCAUUGGUCAGUUUGGUACCAGGUUGCAGGGAGGCAAAGAUUCUGCUAGUCCUCGUUACAUUUUCACCAAGUUAAGCAAACUCACUCGGCUGAUCUUUCAUCCUCAUGAUGAUCCAUUGUUGAAGAACAACUAUGAUGACGGUACACGAAUUGAACCUGAAUGGUACCUACCCAUUCUUCCAAUGGUUCUGGUAAAUGGAGCUGAGGGUAUUGGUACAGGCUGGAGCACUAGGAUUCCUAAUUACAAUCCUCGAGUAUUAGUGGAUAACCUGAAGAGAAUGAUUCGAGGCGAGGAACCUGUCAAAAUGAAACCAUGGUUCAAAAAUUUCCGAGGCACAAUAGAUGAACUAGAACAUGAACGUUAUGUUGUCCAUGGUGAGAUUGCUAACAUAGGCCAAAAUCAAUUUGAGAUCACUGAACUCCCAAUUCGUGUGUGGACACAAUCAUAUAAGGAAUCUGUGAUGGAAAAUCUUCUUGUAGGCAGUGAGAAGACUCCAGCUUUAAUAAGUGACUACAAGGAAUAUCACACAGAUACAACUGUCCGGUUUUUAGUAACGAUGCCAGAAGAAAAGUGUCGCAAAGCAUUAGAAGAUGGAAUUCACAAGACUUUCAAGCUCCAGUCCACUUUAAGUAUCAGCAGUAUGGUACUCUUUGAUCACAAUGGUGUCUUGCGAAGAUUUGACAACGUUGACCAGAUUCUUCGGGAAUUCUUUGACUUGCGUCAAAAAUAUUAUAUCAAGAGGAAAGCUCACCUACUGGGUAGCUUAGAAGCUGAAGCAAACAGAUUAUCCAAUCAAGCACGCUUCAUCGUGGAAAAGUGUGACGGCAAAUUAGUGAUUGAAAACAAAAAGAAGGAAGCUAUGGUUCAAGAGCUGCAGCGAAAGGGCUAUGACCCUGAUCCUGUAAAGGCAUGGAAGAAAGUCCAGGAUCGAGAGGCUGCACUAGAAGAAGAAGUUGAAGAGAAAGUAGAUGAGGAUGCUAAAUCAAAUAGAGGAUAUGGCUAUUUGCUGGGAAUGGCUAUGGUGAGCUUAACUCUAGAAAAGAAAGAAGAGCUGUUGAAGCAACGAGAUAUAAAAUUGCAGCAGGUGGUGGAUCUAAAAUUAAGGUCUCCGGAGGACCUGUGGAUCUCAGAUCUCGACACGUUUGUAAAAGAACUCGAUGAUGUUGAAAAAGAGGAGAUUGAAGAAGAACGGGCAGCAGCAAAGAAGGGCUCUGGUGGAGCUAAAAAGCCCAAAAAGAGAGGUGGUGGAGAACUGGGCAUUGAUGUGACUAAGCCUUCAGCCUUUGGAGAGAGAGUAUUGCCUCUCAUUGAUAGUGAAUUGAGGAAGAAAGUUGAGAAGGCACUUGCAGCCACUCGAAUUAAAAAGCAGGUUAAGAAGGAGGUUGUGGAGAAUGACGAUUUUGAUGAUUUAGUGACAGCAAACACAGGCAAGUCUUUGGCUGCUCGUCUUGGCAACUCACCAGACAUGAUCAUGAAGAAAGCAAAGACCAAGAAAACAGGGGAUGGGCUGAAGCAGACAAAGAUUAGUUUCAAAAAGGCAUCUCCUAAAAAGAGGAAAAGCAAAAAUCAGUUCGAUUCAGUGAGUGAAGAUGAAGUGGACGAUAUUAAAAGUGACAUAUCUGCUGAGGAUAUUAUACCCAGAGGACGUACUUCAGGACGACGAACAGCAGCAAGCAGAAUUAAGUUUAACUUCAGUGAAGAUGAAAGCUCCGAGAGUGACGAGGGACCAAUGUUUGACAAUGAUGGUGUUGAAGAACCUGAUGUAAUUACCAGCACUUCAUUGAUGGAUAAUUCUCUUGUCACUGUCAAGGAACCUGUGGAAAAACCCAGAGUAGCAUUAAUAGUUAGUGACACAGACUCGGAUUUUGAAGAUAAACCAAAGAAAAGGGUCAAAAUUUCUCCUGUGUCUAAAGAAAAACCAUCAGCUUCUGAUCUCUUUGAUUCAAUGAUAUCAGGAUCACCAAGUCCUCCCAAACCAGAACCAUCCAUAAAACCAGCUCCUCCUAGGAAAAGACUUGUGAAUAUAGAUAGCAGUGAUGAUGAUGAACCUAAACCAAAGAAGAAAACUGGACCAAAGAAGGCAGCUACUGCAAUGGUCUCAUUUAGUCUUACUGAUAAUGAUGAUGAUGAUGAUGAUGAUAUUGAUCUCCAACCCAAAAAGAAACCAGGACCAAAGAAGAAGGCCACUGCAAAACCCACUGGAGAUAUAUCUGAGGAUGAUGAUGAUUUCCAAAAAACUAAGAAAAAACCAUGUCCUAAAAAGACAGCAGCAGCGGCAAAGAAAACAGCAGGCUCUGAUUCUGAUGAUAUGUUUGAUGAUUUUACUACGAAGAGUAAGGAGCUUGAUUUUGGUGACUCAGAGCCUGUGGCCGUUGCACCCCGUGGACGUCCAGGUCGUCAAAAGAAAGUAAUUACAUAUGUUGUCAGUGAUGAAGACUCUGAUGAUGACUAUUAUUGAGAUAGUAUGUGUCAUGUUUCAAGAAAAUUAAACUCCAAAUGGCAGUGGCCCAUUUUAAAUAAAUCUUAUUGGCAAUACUAGUUGCAUUAUGAUUAAAUUUAUAAUCUUGUUUUAGACUUAAUUUUGUUUUAUAUCCAGUUGAGCACCUUUGUAUUAGGCUUAUGGGGAUUACAACUUCAUGUUUGCGAUAACAGAAUUUUUGCAAGUACAAAGGGUUGGUGAUGCUAGUAACACUGUGACUAAAAAAAAAAUUCAUUGAUUAGAUAUAUUAGUAUUUUUCUAAUAAUUGAUUGAUGGUGUAUAUUUAUAUUGCAGAAGAAUUCUGAACUGCAGUAUAUUUCUUGAUAUUUUUAAAAAAGAUACAGUAAUUCACAUAAAUUUUUUAGUGCAACAGAUUCUUAAUAUAUGUAUUUUCUGAGAUUUACGUUGACAUUUUUGUUUACAAAUCUCUCUUUAUUUUUUUGGUAUUUCAUUUUAUUUUUUACUCGAGAAAUAUACAGUAGAGUACCUCUGAACAAAAAUAGGAAGAGCUGGUAUUUUAGUAUAGAUAUAGCACAAACUUUUACAGAUCUUCAGUUUCUGUCUAUUUAUCUCUUAUUUGACUUUGUAAACUGUUGGUAAACUUAUUUUUAGCUUGCCAUAUCAAAGUUAGUUUGGUAAAAAUAGGAAAUUUUUAAAUUUAUUUUACAUAUCUUUUGAUGAUAUUUAUUUCUUUUUCAUUCAAUGUGUCAGUAUCCUGACAUUGUCUGCUGUCACUUUUUGAAAAUAAAGUAGGUAGAUAUG